GGUCGACUUGCAUCGUAACGUACCCACAAACUCUCCAUUCUCCUUUUCUCCAACACGUUAGACGGUACAGCCGCCUAGAGGGGUCUGCCCAUACGCGCUCUUGAUCUCCCGCAUCUCGCAGCCUCAGCGCCGACCUCGAGCGCAGCGCGCAGGACACGUUACCUAGAGAGCAUGGACAGACGCCAAACAACGCAGUCAUGAUCCUCUCAUCCUGGCUCGCAGUCGCCCUGCUUGCGCUAGGCGCAGGUGCACUCCCCCAGCGCCAGGUCCCCCUCUUCAAAGAGACCACGCCGGUACACGGCGCCGAUGUCCCCUCGACGCCGGAACGGCGCGCCGAGAUGGCCGCGCUGCUGGACAAGUACGCGCCAGUGUUCAAGCUUUCCAAAAAUGAGCGCUUCUUCCCUUCCUCGGUCGCCUUCAUGCUCGAGCGAUACGGCUACGUACAAUACAAGAACGGGACGUGGUACGAGCCAAAACCAGAGUGGAUGACGCCCGAGGGCCUCGACCAGCUGCCGAGAAGAGGCAAGAAGCAGCUCCUGUCCGUCGACGUGCCGUUCAACGCGCAGCCGCUCUUCCCCGACCCGGAAAGCAGCUUCAUGUACGGCCCCGCCGGGCAAGAGGGCGGGAUGGAGCCCGGGCCUGACGGACGGGGGAGGGUGCAUGACGAGGUGUACGGGUUCUGGGUGGACCAGGGCCGCGGCGUGGUGGACUUGAUAUACUGGACAUUCUACCCCUACAACCUUGGCAAGGACGUCGGUUCGCUUGGGUGUCUUGGAAAUCAUGUUACCGACUGGGAGCGCCUCAUCCUGCGUACUGUCGACGGCGUCGCGGUCUCUGCAGACUUCAACACGCACUCGGGCGGCAAGUUCAGCGCUGGGACAUACCGGUGGUCGGACAUGGAGCUAAUCGAUGACCGGCCCGUCGCCUACGUCGCCUCCGGCAGUCAUGGCAUCUGGCCAACGCCGGGGAAGCACGUCUACGCACAGUUGCUGAACCUCUGGGCGCUGGUCGACGUGACGGACGACUAUGGACCGAUCUGGGAUUCGAAAGGCCAUGUCGUGCCGAUCGAGUACUGGACCGGGCCGGAUGGCGCGAAGAAGGUCAACCACACUGGCGAUCUCAGCUGGCUCCAGUUCAAAGGAGCGUGGGGCAACAAGGGCCAGACCAGUUGCUGGUGGCACGCGCUCGUUGGCAUCUGCCAGGUCGUGGACGGCCCUCCUGGACCCAAUCGUCUCUUUGGACAGCCACCAGAUUGUAUCAUCUCGCCGAAGGCCGAAGAGGUCUCGAGCUACUCGUUCUACCUUUCGAAGAACGUAACGACACAAGCUGAGAAGCUCAACGUGACAACCGUGGUGAUCGAACAAGUGUGCGCACGGCCACGGGCAAGCAACCUCAAGCCAGAAGAAGAUCCGUGGGCCAAGGCUCUCGAUGAGAAGGAUCUCGAUGUCUGGCUCAUGAGCGAGACGGUCCAGUACCGCGGACGUGAGCAGCACAGCGGAUCCCUGCCAGCGUGCGACGGCAGUCGGAGCGUUGCCAAGGCGUACCGCAUAUCCCUGUGGGACGACAAGGGAUACCACGUCUCGACCUCGGGCCUCCGCGUCAUUUGCAUUUACGAAGAGGGCCGGCCGGGCUACGUCGUGAGCGGCGGCGCGCACGUCGACGACCUCGACGAGUGGAGAUGGUGGUUGCUGCGGCCAACCCCUAAUUAAGCACCGGCCGGUGCGACGGACGGCCGGCGCGGUGCACGGUAUGCCGGAGAUACGGGCUGCCGGUGGACACGUCCACCUCGUAUCCACUCGUUCAGGCUCCGCCUGCGGGGGGCCUUUGCGUGGCCAGACUCGAGUGUAAUAGAUUACUUACGAUUCGCAGGAGCUUCAUGGACGAGGCAUUCUUGUAAUACAUCCAUCAAUGCG